AAGGUAACAAGCUGACUGGCGGAACGCACGAAACCGAAACCCCGCUGGGAGAGAGAGAUCGCCACAGACUAGCAUGGUACCAGCAAUGGCUGACGAAACAAGGGACACGUUACUGGGUCGCGUGAAAGAACAGGGCGAGAUAGUGCGGCAAUUGAAGGCUGCGAAAGCCGACAUCACGCAGGGUUGCCGGGGACAGUCUGAUAUAAGUAUUGACUUAGAGAGCUUAAACAAUGAUUUCGCGAAUAUCAGCUAUGUGUGUGGUUGGUACCCAACGUCCAAAGAUACCGAACUGUUCGAUACUUGUGUCGCCCAUAACGAUGAGCUUGCGAGCUGGCCUCAUCUGAAUAGAUGGUACAUUAAUAUCAAAAGCUUUAGCCGUGAGGAGCGUUUAGCGUUUCCCACUGUGGGAACACCGCUCAUUCCCUUGGCAGAAAAGGCCAAACGCCUAAAGGGCCUAAAUACUUGCUGUAUUGACAAAAAUGUAUUAGAUAAAAAGAUUACGGAGGAAGUCGCGAAAUUACUGGACCUGAAAGCGCAACUACAACAAAGGGACGAAAAUGGUUGCUCUAACAAGCUCAUCCUUAAAACGCCCAAGGGCACGAGGGAUUACAGUCCAGAACACAUGGUGCUGCGAAUGGGAGUCCUGGAAAAGAUAAUCGCAGUGUUCAAGCGCCACGGCGCAGAGACGGUAGAUACCCCCGUGUUCGAGCUGAAGGAUGUCUUGACAGGUAAAUACGGCGAAGACUCCAAGCUCAUCUACGAUCUGAAGGAUCAAGGUGGCGAGAUUCUCGCUCUUAGAUACGAUUUAACAGUUCCUUUCGCGAGAUAUCUGGCUAUGAACAAAGUGGUUUCCAUGAAGAGGUAUCAGAUCGGGAAGGUCUAUCGAAGAGAUAACCCAGCCACGACAAAAGGCAGAUACAGGGAGUUUUAUCAAUGCGAUUUCGAUAUCUCCGGCCAGUAUGACCCGAUGAUAGCAGACGUGGAGUGCAUUCGAGUCGUGACCGAAGCGUUGGAGACCCUGGACCUGGGGCCGUACGUCAUCAAAUUGAACCACAGGUGCAUCUUGGACGGCAUAUUCGCGGCGUGCGGCAUACCGCCGAGCAAAUUCCGCAGUAUCUGCUCGGCCGUCGACAAGUUGGACAAGAACCCUUGGGAGGAGGUGAAGAAAGAGAUGAUCGAAGAGAAGGGACUGGACGAACAUAUUGCUGACAAAGUCGGCAAAUAUGUCUCUCUGUCUGGCGGGGUGCAGCUGAUAGCCGAGUUGAAGAAAGACAAGGAUCUGAUGAAGCAGUCCGCCGCUGUGCAAGGCUUGGACGCCAUGGAAUUAUUGCUCAAGUACUGCGGCUUGUACAAAAUCUUGGACAAAGUCAAGUUCGACCUGAGCCUCGCGAGAGGCCUCGACUACUACACAGGUGUUAUUUACGAGGCCAUAUUGUGCGGUGAUGAAAUUGGCGUUGGUAGCGUGGCGGGCGGCGGUCGCUACGACAACCUGGUCGGUAUGUUCGACAACAAGAACAAGAAUGUGCCUUGCGUCGGCGUGUCGUUGGGCGUCGAGCGGAUAUUCAGCAUCCUGGAGGCGAAACUGGCGGACAAGGGUCUGAAAAUCCGCUCCAACGAGAUCGAAGUGUUCGUGGCCAGCGCGCAGAAGAACAUGCACGAGGAGAGGAUGAAGAUACUGGCGGACCUUUGGGAGGGUGGUGUGAAAGCGGAGCACUCGUACAAGAAGAACGCGAAGUUGCUGGCUCAGCUGCAGCACUGCGAGGAGAACGGCAUACCGCUGGCGAUAAUCAUCGGCGAGGGCGAACUGGCUAAAGGUGAGGUCACUUUGAGAGUCGUCUCGACGCGGAAAGAGACUCGCGUGCCGCGCGACAACGUCAUCGAGGAAAUACGGAAGCUACUAGAAACGUUGUAGCCUCGUAGGUCACAAUGACUCCUGUAUACGUCCUGUGUACGUCUCGCGAUCUCAAGAGAGGAGACAGAGAGAGAGAGGGAGAGAGUCGAGAUCAGUGCAAGAAAAUGUCAGCAAGAGAAUACAUUUGUAUCGCAUUUAGUCUCAUUUUGAACUUCGCGCGCGCGAGGAAGAGAAAAUUUAUUUAUUAAAUUCGGAAGACGCACGAUUUAUCUUGUGUUGCGUGCGACUGUCGCGUCACUGUCGAACUACUACGGCAUAUGAUCUAACAAUGUAAACUUAUUACAUAGCAAGCGAAUCCACACGACGUCCGUCACGACGACGUUCUGUACUCGCCGCAUAGACAAUUUUAUAAUCGGAAUUCACGAUAGCCGUUUCGUGCUGUCGCUACUGAGAAACCAAAUACAGUUUAUAACUUAUUUUGCAGGAAGUUUUCAAUAAAAAUGUAACUUCGUAUAUUUCGUAAAA